CUCGGUUUUCUUUCUAGCUAGUAUAAUGACGGAGACUUCCGCUAACCUUCCGCCACGGUUGGCUUCUCCAAAUGCAGGUAAAAUCGAUCAAGAUAUCUCUCAUCCUGAUGCAAAGGUAAAUACAUUUUCCGAACCUAUGACUCCCGAAGAAAAGAAGAAACAAGUAGAGUCUACAGCUCCUACGACAGCAACGUCUCGCGAUAUGAAAGGCAUCAAUGGGGAUCCAAUAUCUUCACCAAACAUCAAUAAGGAUACCGGCAAAAAGAUCGAUCUAGUCAAAUCAGAAAACAAGGAUAUUCUCAGGAAGGACAGUGAUAUAUCAUCAUCAGUUUCAAAACAAAGUAGAGUUGUUCCCGGCGGGUUUUCUAUCAACAAUGAUACAAGAUGUGGAUGGACAGAUUUCUCAAGCUUACCCAAUCCUGGACAAGAUCAUCUGAUGGUAGCUUUAAAAAAAUCAUUGACAGAUGAACAAAUCGCCACUAUUUAUUCUGGAUCAAGACUGGAUGAUUAUACGCAAGAUAAUGGAUUUUUGGCACAACAAUUGAGCGAUACUUUUUAUGGUAAAUGGUUCCAUAAUGCUGCUGCUCUACUUUUGGCAGUUGUGUUGACAUUUAUCUUGACCAAAUUGGGUGCUGGUUUAUUCGCUUGUUUGACAGUGGGGGCAUUUUUAGCAACAUAUUAUCAAACCUCUAUACGGCGCUUACGAAGAAAUAUACGCGAUGAUGUUCAACGUGAAAUGGCAAUGCGAAAAUUGGAAUCUGACCAUGAAUCUGUUUAUUGGAUGAAUCACUUUAUACAUCGAUUUUGGUUGAUUUAUGAACCUGUUUUAUGCGCCCAAGUCAUUGGUACAGCUGACGCGAUUCUUAGUGAAAACUGUCCUUCUUUUCUGGACUCUCUUCGUUUGACGACUUUUACUCUUGGUACCAAACCUCCUUUGAUUGAAUUUGUCAAGACUUAUCCACGAACUGAAUCCAAUAUUGUGUGUAUGGAUUGGAAAGUAUCAUUUACUCCUACUGAUACUACUGAUAUUACUCCUCGUGAUUUGCAGUCGCAUGUCGAUCCCAAGAUUGUAUUAUCUAUUCGGGUAGGCAAGAAGAUGCUUGGUGCUGGUAUGCCUGUACUUUUGGAAGGACUUGCUUUCACUGGUCAUUUACGUGUCAGAAUCAAAAUGUUCAAUGAAUUCCCUCAUAUUCAAACGGUAGAGGCUUGCUUUUUGGAAAAACCUACUUUUGAUUAUAUCCUUAAACCCAUUGGUGGUGAAUACUUAGGUUUUGAUGUGAAUAACAUCCCUGGAUUACAAUCAUUUGUGAGAGAUCAAGUUCAUGCCAAUCUUGGUCCUAUGAUGUAUGCUCCAAAUGUUUUUACUGUAGAUGUGGCUGCUUUACUUGCUGGUGCUGAUACAGAAUCUGCAAAUGGUGUUUUGGCUCUUAGCAUUCACUCUGCUAAUGGUCUCAAAAUUUCGGAUUUUCUUGGUACACUUGAUCCAUAUAUCAAAGUCCACGUUGGAAGUGAACAAAAUCCUGAAUUGGGUCGGACACAAACAAUCGAAGAUAACAACAACCCUCAAUGGAAUGAAACUCUCUAUAUUUUACUGAACAAUCUCACUGAUACUCUCUCUUUGUAUAUCAAGGAUCGAAAUACUGGUCGAAAGGAUGGUGAUGUGGGUAUGGCUUCUUUUGAUCUCAAAGAACUCGGUGAAAAUGACAACGUUCUAGAUGGACUUUCAUUGGCUGUUUUACAUGGAGGCAAGGCCGCUGGUGAAAUCAAGUGUGAUAUGCGUUAUUUCCCUGUAUCUGCUGAAGAAAAACAAGAAGAUGGCACUGUGAUCCCUGCUGCUGAAUCAGAUACUGGUAUUGCUCAACUCACAGUGUAUGAAUGCAAGGAUCUGGGUAGUGGAAAGAAACUGGAUACUUAUGCUGUUGUGACGAUUGACGGACAAGAAAAAUUGACAACUUCAACAUACAAACGUAGUGCUAAUCCUCGCUGGGACAAAAAAGUGGAAACAUUUGUUACUGAUAAGAGCAAGACGAAACUUGAGGUGACUAUCAAAGAAAGCCAACUUGCUGGUGACAUUGUUUUAGGAACAUGGAAGAUGAUGGUAUGUGAACUAGAAAAGGCAUUGGAAGACAAUAAGGAAUGGUUCAAUUUGGAUGGUAUCGCUGGCAAAUUACACCUUGGAUUGAAAUGGAAACCUACAGUCAUGACCGGAUUUGUUGGUGGAAUUGGACGUGGUACUUAUCGACCUCCUAUUGGUGUCAUUCGCGCUCACUUUUACCGUGCCAAAGGAUUGAGGAAUGUUGAAGCAUUAACAGGUGGAAAAUCCGAUCCUUAUGUUCGUAUCUUAUCUGGUAUGCAAAUCCGGGAUCAAACGGAUUAUAUUUUGGAUGAAUUGGAUCCUGAGUGGGAUACUGCUCUCUAUGUUCCCGUACAUUCCCUUCGAGAAGAUCUGGUAUUCGAAGUGAUGGACUAUAACGAAGUUUCAAAGGACAAAUCAUUGGGUUUAUGCGACUUUUCCAUCAAACAAGUGAUCAAGGAAUCUAUUCACGAAGAAACGCAACAAAAGGUAUACGAAGCUUUGGAACCUGUGGAACGAUGGGCGGAUUUGACCAAUGCUCAGCGCAAACCUGGUAAAGGCAAGGUGCACUACAAGAUAUCUUUCCAUCCUACUCUUGAACUGGCUAAAUCUUCUGCUGAUGACGAGAAAAAGGUUAAAGAACAAACACAAGAUAAAACAUCUCCUACUCCAGAAACUGCUGAUGCCACUACUGAAGCCACCACCAUCAACAAACGACAAGAAAAGGAUAUCCAUGGUGAAGAUAUUAUUUACGAAUCUCCUGAUAGUGACAUCAUCAAUCUUCCCAAGUACACGUCUGGCAUUCUUUCAGUCAAGGUACAUGAAGCCAAGAUCCCUGGAAAUACUUGCAAAGUGCUGGCUCAGCUCUUGGUCGAUAGCAAUGAUCCUCAGUACAAGACAUUACCACAAAAAGGAUCAACAAUUGAAUUUGGUGAAACAGGUGACGCUUUUGUCAAGGAAUUGGAUUUCUCAAACGUAGUUAUUCAAAUUGUCAAGGAUACUCAAAAGAAGGAUGUGGUCAUUCUUGGUCAUUGUAGUUUAUCUGUCUCCAAAAUUCUUGAAAUGGUAAUGGAUCAGCAAAGGAAAUCAAAUAGUAAGUCAUCAUCGGCAGCAUCAUCCUCAGCUUCUAACAGGUCAAUUAGAGGAGAAAGCAUCACAGUCACCAACAACAAUAAUAAUAAUAAUGACGACAACGACAAAGAAAAGGAAAAUAGUCAGGAAAUCAAGUUACUCAACAUCGAUGGUGGCACUAUUCGAUUGAGCUUCAAUUACUUCCCUGUGGUGCAAUACAUUCUUCCUCCAGAAGAAAGCAUGGAAAAUCAAGGUACCCUUACUGUCACUCCUGUCUCGGCUAGUCACCUCCGAGCUGCUGAUCGAAAUGGAAAAAGUGAUCCUUUUGUUGUCUUUACUCUCAAUGGUGAAAAGAUGUACAAGACCGAUGUUUAUAAGAAAACUCUCAAUCCAGAAUUCAAUGUCAAAAAAGAAACCUUUGUUUUACCUGUGCAACGACGUAUUGGAUCAACGUUAGAAGCCAUUGUCUAUGACUGGGAUCAACUUGGCAAUAAUGAAGAACUUGGACGUGGCAAUAUUCCAUUUACUGGUGAUAUAUUAGAAAGUUUCGAAGCCAAGCAAUUUGAUAUUCAUUUGACUGGCGGUGAGUCAACACUCAAAGUUCGAUUAUUAUGGCAACCUCAACUCUUGAAACGAGAACGUCAAGGCACUUCACUAUUGAAUACAACAACAAAGGCAUUUACAGCAGUUCCUGGUGCUGCUCUUGGUGCUGGUGUUUCACUUGCCGGUGAUGCAGUUGGAUUGGGUGGCAAGGUACUUGGUACAGGUGGCAAAGCUGUUUUUGGUGGGGUUGGAAAAUUCGGCAGUGGUAUUCGUGGUAUUGGUAGUAGAUUAGGAGGUCAUCGUUCAUCUGUUGUACAGGAUGCUUCUCCUGGUGGUGCCGUUGUAUCUGGUGGUAAUGGUAUCGUUGAUGAAACUGCUCACUUAGGAUCACCCAACAACAACAAAAGCAACUUGGAUCGUAAAAAAAGCAUCGAUUCUUUACAAUCUUCUUCCAAUAUGUCAAUGAUUCGUCCCAAUGAAGCUAUCAAAGUCUCUAUUAUUGGUGCCCGUGGUCUCAAGGAUACUUUGGAUUGCUAUGUUCGUGUGAAAAGCAACAGCAAGCACUCAUUGUACAAAUCAAAGCAUAUUAAAAAGAGUGCCACUCCAGAAUGGAAUGAGAGUUUUAUGGCCAAUAUCAAACCAAACGACAAGACUUUGGAAUUCAGAGUACGAACACGAGGUACAAUAACGGAUCAUGAUGUUGGAUUUGCAACAUUGGACAUGACUCAACCAUUCGAAGGAUGGCUUCCUUUAUCCGAAGGUGCUGGCGAAAUCAAUGUACGACUGGAUAUUCCUGGCACAAGAUCAUCAUCACCAAAACAAUGAUGUACAUAACAACAUUCGUUUACUAGUUAGUUACUUUGUUUAGUAUAUGUAGUUUAUACUCUUAUAUUUAUCCAGUUUAUUCAAUAUUAUUUAAUUGUCUUCUAAAUCAAUAAAAAAAUACUAGGCUUGUUCUGUAAUUCAUAUAUGCAGCCGUA